GAAAUUAAGUUCUCUAGAGUAACUUCUUCCCAUUCCCUCAGAGAGGUUUCAUUCUAUCUGGAGCAGAGGACUAUAAGUUGUCAUUUUUUUUCCGAAGAAUUGAAAUUAAGUUCUCUAGAGUAACUUCUUCCUAUCCCUCAGAGAGGUUUCAUUCUAUCUGGAGCAGAGGACUUCUUAUGGAGGUUUCAUUAGUAUUGCACGCUCUCUUUGUGUUGCAGCUGUGGUUUUCAAUUCUGAUGGCAUCAUAUGAUCAUCCCAUAUCUCUAAAAGGAAGCUUGGACUCAUCUCCAUUCCCAAGCAGCUUCCUCUUUGGAACAGCUUCUUCUUCUUAUCAGUUUGAAGGAGCUUUCUUGAGUGAUGGUAAAGGCCCCAGCAACUGGGAUGUUUUCACUCAUGAGCCUGGUAAGAUCAUUGAUGGAAGUAAUGGAGAUACUGCUGUUGAUCAGUACCAUCUAUAUCUGGAAGAUCGAGAUCUCAUGGAUUAUAUAGGAGUCAACAGCUACCGUUUCUCUAUAUCAUGGGCAAGAAUUUUACCCGAGGGAAGGUUUGGAAACGUGAAUAGAGCUGGCAUUGAUCAUUAUAACAACUUCAUAAACGCCCUUCUGCAUAAAGGGAUCCAACCCUUUGUGACAUUGACGCACUAUGACAUUCCUCAGGAACUUCAAGACAAAUAUGGGGCUUGGCUCAGUUCCGAAGUGCAGGAGGAUUUCAAAUAUUAUGCAGAUAUAUGUUUUAGAUUCUUUGGAGACCGGGUUAAGUAUUGGGUGAGUCUCAAUGAGCCGAAUGUAGUAGCCAUUCGCGGAUACAGAUCAGGAAUUUACCCACCAUCUCACUGCUCCUGGCCAUUUGGGAAUUGUAGCAGAGGGAAUUCAGGGAAAGAGCCUUUUAUUGUGGCUCAUAACAUGAUACUAUCUCACGCUGCUGCUGUCAAUAUUUACCGAACCAAGUACCAGAAAAAGCAAGGAGGCAGCAUUGGAAUUGUUAUGAAUGCUUUAUGGUAUGAGCCUAUUAGCAACUCCUUAAAAGACAAGUUAGCAGUUGAGAGAGGUCAGUCUUUCUACAUGAACUGGUUCUUAGACCCAAUUAUACUGGGGAAAUAUCCAAUAGAAAUGCAAGAAAUUCUUCAAUCUGAUUUGCCUAUAUUUUCAAACUACGAUUUGGAGAUGCUGAAGAAUGGGUUAGACUUCAUUGGCAUCAACCACUACACCAGUUUCUACAUAAAAGACUGCAUGUUUUCUGUGUGUGAACCAGGACCAGGAGCUACUAGAACAGAAGGUUUUGCUUUACGAACUGCUCAAAAGAAUGGCAUCUUCAUUGGAGAGCCGACAACCGUUGACUGGCUAUUCGUCCAUCCUCGAGGAAUGGAAAAUAUGGUGACAUACAUAAAAGAGAGAUAUAAUAACACUCCAAUGUUUAUAUCAGAAAAUGGGUUUGGUGAGAAGGAGAAUCCCAAUUCUACCAUGGAAACUCUACUUCAUGAUGUCAAGAGAGUGGAGUACAUGAACAGCUACUUAGAUGCUCUAGCAUCAGCAAUGAGGAAAGGAGCAGAUGUGAGAGGGUAUUUUGCUUGGUCCUUGCUUGAUAACUUUGAAUGGACAAGUGGAUAUACCACUCGGUUUGGGCUUCAUCAGGUUGAUUACCCAUCUCUCAAGAGAACUCCAAGACUCUCAGCGACUUGGUACAAAGAGUUCAUUGCCCAACAUAAUGCACAAAAUUUUAGUGCAUGCUCAAAAUUGUAAAUCAAGAAAGUAAAUAGAUGGGACUCCUAUCACACCCUUAUCCCACUAGGUUGAUGUUGUAGUGUACACACUCCUAGACCUUUUUUAUUUAAAACAAGGGGAGCGUUACAAAAACACUCCUUACACACCCACCCUCUCACAUGGGGUGGGACCUACACCACAUGGGCCUCACCCCAUGUGAGAGAGUAGGUGUGUAAGGGCCGUUUUUUUAUCUUUUUCCUUAAAACAAUGGCCGAUCUAAAGGUUGAUGAGCAUUCUCACUUCAACUUAAUAUAAUAGAAGUGGGAUGUGAGUGUAGUAUAUAACAUUACUCUAAGCAGAAAUAAAUGUUGAACACUUGUGUAUAUAUAUAUAAUUGGUGAUUUGAUA